CUUCUCCUCUCUUGGGCUUGGUGUGGGUGCAGGAGACAUCUGAGCUGAAGAAAUGACCCCAAGAGUGUUGGGAGUGUGGCUGCCUUCAGCUCUGCUCCUCCUGCAGGUCCCAGGCUGUGUCCCUCUGAGUGGCCCCAGCACCGUGACAGGCGCCGUGGGGGAAUCCCUGAGUGUGCGGUGUCAGUAUGAGGAGAAAUACAGGAGCAACACCAAAUACUGGUGCAGAGACUCGCUGCUGCUACUGUGUAAAGAGAUUGUCAAGACCAGACCUGGAAGAGAAGCUAGGAAUGGCCUAGUGUCCAUCAGGGACCACCCAGCCAACCUCACCUUCACAGUGACCAUGGAGAACUUCACCUGGGAGGAUGCAGGCACCUACAAGUGUAGAGUGGAUGUACCGAUUAUGAAUGGCUCUCUCUUCGGGAUUGAUGACUCCUUCAAGGUUGUGGUGUCCGUAGUACCAGGCUCUGCCCCUAAGGACAAAACAAAUACCCUGGGGUCUCCUACAUCUUCACCAGUGCACACUCAGCCCAGUGUGACCACAGAGGACACAACUCCUGGUCCCAGUCUACAACCUCGGUCCCUGCUGAGCAGCAUCUACUUCCAGCUCCUGGUCUUUCUGGAGCUGCCCCUGCUCCUGAGCAUGCUCAGUGCGGUCCUCUGGGUGAACAGGUCUCAGAGGUGCUUUGGGGAGAAGCAGCAUUGCCCAAAUUAUGAGAGUGACAUCUGUUGACAAUGAAGCCCUGUCCAUGU